AUGUGUGCUGACAAUGAGACACAUAACGGAGUUACCAACUGUUAUCUCUCCUUCGCAACGAGUCAAAAGGAUCAGAAACGAGCGUGUGAAAAAGGGCAGUCAGGCACGGGUCAAGCACGGGUGAACGUGGCCGCCAUAAGCGAGGAGAAGAGCUUGCAGGUGCUGCAGGUGGCUAAGGAAAGAGUAGAGUUUGGGAAGAUGGCGUCUACUCGCGAAGAAGAGGUCGCGCAAGUCGCAGCACAGUUGGUGCAGUCCAUUCUGACCGAUCUCACAGCCAAAAUGAGUUCACACGAGGCACCUGCAGCUGCCACGGACCCCGCUGCAACUACCCAAGUUAGGCCCAAGACCGCCGAAGUCCGUGCGCUUUCUGCCGAAAUGGUCGGUGAGGCGCUUGCCUCAGCCAUUGAGCAACUUCCAAUUCUGCCGAUGGAAGAUACUUCCAACAUGACCCAAGAGCAGAUUGUGGACGCCAUUGUCCAGACGUGGGACAUCUCUGAGCAAUGGCGGUAUCACAUCGACAAGGCCGUUGGCGACCAGUGCACGGUGCUGUUCAGCAUCCCCACGCGUCGUCGCCCAGUGCCCAAUGCUACCGUCGAGAUUGUAUUCAACGUGACCAGUGUGGACGGUCGUUGGCGAGUAAUCUGGCGCAUUGAUGACCAAAAACUUGAGCACACAGAGCGAACUGUGUGCCGUGAAGAAUGGCUACGAAAAUCGCUUGCGCACAAGCGUGCCAUGCAAGACGCUAUAUCUUCAAUUCUUGACCCUGAGGAGGAAGUAGAUGCCAAGGCAGCCGAUCCCCCGAGCAACUGA